AUGUCCAACAAUCAAUUUUCAUUGGGAUCAAAUUCCAUUUCGAUGGUAGCAAUUCCAUCUGGAUCAUCUUCAUCAUCAUUAGCAUCGAAUAUUUUGUUGAAUCCUAAUGCUCAAACAAAUCAGCCAAAUACAAAUUUGCAAACAGUAAAUCGACCAUUGUAUUAUUUAAUCGCUCCUCAAACAACAACAAAUUCUUUGGCUUAUUCUUCAACAUUGGCUUCAGCAUUGACAUUGCCACAAAAUACAUUUAUUGGUUAUCCACAACAAAAUCAAAAUUUGCUUUACAUUACUCCUCAACAACAACAACAACAACAACAACAAUUUCAAUCAACAGUUUAUUCGACACCGUUGAUCAUUGAUGGUGGUAUUGGUGGUUAUCAAACAAUGUCAUAUAUUAAUCCUAAUCAAUGGUUAACUGGACAAACUAAUCCAACUGUAAACACAAAUUCAAAUUUGGCUACAUCAAUUGGUAAUACUUCAACUGGUCAAAUGACAUCAACAUUUUCUUCCAUUGAUUAUCCAUUAUUCAAUACUUCGGCUACAUCAGGUAAUACAUCGAUGGCUUCAAAUUUAAUUGUACCAAAUCAACCAUUGUUGAAUGAACAACAAGAUAAUUUGGAAUCUGAAUCAUCUGAACACAAUGAUGAUGAUGAUGAUGUUGAUAUUGAUGUUGUUGGUGUUGAUGAUGAAGAAAAUUCAACAAUGGCCACCAGUGAACAACCGAUUAAUCGUUCAAUUUCAAUGUCGACUGCUACAUCUUCAUCGUUGGAAAAUGCUACAAAUUUGGAACAACAACGACAACAACCAACUAGCACAUCAGUUCUUACAGCUAGUAAAUCUAUUGAAACAACAAUUACUCAAAAUGUUUCGGAAUCACAACCACAACAACAACAACGAAUGAAUUUACGAGCACGUGAUAAAUAUACACAAACUUAUACACGAUAUCGUGUGCAUAAAAUGUAUAAAGCUAAAGAAGACACUCUGGUUGCACGAAUUAAUGCUUUGGAAGCUGAAAAUCAAUCGUUGAAAACUAAAUUGGCUAAAACAAAUGAACAAUUGAAACAAUGUGGUCCAUCUGAUCCAUCAUUGGAUGAUUAA